UUUUUUUUCCUUUUCUUUUUUUUUUAUUUAUUAUUCUUCAAUAAUGAGUCAAGCGAUGUCUAUUACACAGUUGUGUAAUAAUGAUGAAAACAAUAAAAAUCAAACAGAGAAAAAGAUUCCAUUACCAGCUAUGGAGCCAAUCCCAUCCCAACCUCAUUUUAUACGUCGAUUACCCCUUAUUGAUAGUGCACUUAAAGCAUACGAGAAUUCUAUAGUAAAAUAUGGCGCAGACAUGAUUGAUACUUAUGCUGUUAGUCCCAUCUACGACAAAUUGGGUUAUAGUCAUAAAUCACAAGUAAGAAUGAUAAUAACACAUUUGCUAUUAUUGAUUCUCUUUUUGAAAGGAAGACGAAGACACCAUAGCUGCAACUACUGCCCUUGCUCGAACAUCCUUACAAGAUACAGAAGUAACACACAGGCACAAAAGGAUAGAAGAUACACGUGAAGAUCGUAAGUUUUAUAUUUACAUAUAAAGAAGCUCAUGUUUAUGAUCAUUAAUAUAGGCAAAAAACAAAGACCUUCAACU